AUGAAGGCUCCCCGUCUUACUCGAUCCCUGGUCAGCCAGGGCAUCUCUCUCCCUGUCUCCCCAGUUAAGACAAGAGGAACACAGUCGCUUUCACCAAAGAACGGCUCGCCGCUCGCCAACCUCCCCAUCUCCUCCGUCCUGCGGUCUCUAGUAAUCCUCUCUAUCUCCUCUUCAUCCCUCCUCCUUAAACCUUGCAUCUACACUCUGUCGCAUCUCGCAAACCCCAAGAACCCCCUCAUCGAUGUCGCCAAAAACCCUCUUCUCAACCGUCUCGUCAAGCAUACUCUCUACCGCCAGUUUAACGCCGGUGAGAACAAGCUUGAAGUCCAACAAUCUAUCAACGAUAUCAAGCGUCUAGGAUACCGUGGUGUCCUCCUGGGAUAUGCCAAGGAAGUCCUCUCUGACCACGGCAAUGCCCUCGAGCUCUCCGAAGAGGCCAUUCGCGAAGAGAUCCAGAUGUGGCUCGAUGGUACUCUGCAGACCGUCGAUAUGGCCCAAGAGGGCGACUAUGUUGCAUUGAAGUUCACCGGAAUGGGUGUUCAAGCUCUGAAAUACUUGCAGCAGCAAAAGGAACCAUCGAAGUUUAUGGAUGAUUCCAUCCGGAAAGUCUGCGAUCUAGCUCUAUCGCGCAACGUGCGCCUGCUGGUCGAUGCUGAAGAACAGGCUGUUCAGCCCGGCAUCGAGGAUUGGUCUAUGAUUUAUCAGAAAUACUGUAACUCUCGUUUCCCCGGCCGCGCCGUCUUUUAUUCCACCUACCAGGGCUAUCUCUGCUCAACCCCCACCACCCUCGCUCGCCACCUGGAGCAGGCUCGCCAGGAAGGCUACACUCUGGGUGUCAAGCUGGUCCGCGGUGCCUACCUCAAGAUUGAACCCCGUCAUCUGAUCUGGUCUACCAAGGAGGAGACCGAUGACUGCUACGACGGCGUUGUCGAGGCCCUCUUGACCCGCCGCUACAACAACAUGCUCAAGCCCGCUGUCCAAGAUCAGAAAACGCUUCCUCCGGUUAAUGUCAUCAUCGCCACCCACAACCGCGACUCUGUCCGCAAGGCUCAUGCUCUGCGCCUGCAGCAGCACGCCGAAAGCCAGGACCACGGUGUUGAUCUCAGCUAUGCCCAGCUCCAGGGUAUGGCCGAUGAAGUCAGCUGCGAGCUCUUGCAGGGAUUCGAGGAUGCAGAGCAAGGAAAGGCCGUCAUGGAGAAGCCGAACGUUUACAAGCUGCUUACAUGGGGAUCGGUCAAGGAAUGCAUGGGAUUCUUGCUGCGGAGAGCGAUUGAGAACACCGAAGCUGUUGGACGUACCAAAGACUCGCAGCAAGCGAUGUGGAAGGAGUUGCGUCGGAGAGUUUUGGGUUAA